CUGUCCGGUCAUGAUUUGACAACAUUGCCACUAGAUUAUUAGGUUAUGUUAAGUAGUGUUUUUGGAAUUUACGAAUUCAAAAUAAAUUAAUAAACUAUGCUUAGAAUAACGGCAAAUGUACGUUCAUUAGUAUUAAAUGAAGCAAUUAACUAUACAAAAUAUGAUUCUAUAAGGCAAUUUAGGAGAAGGAAGCCUAUAGCUUUAGGUACUGCAAAAAGUAAAUUAUUUAGAGUUCCAAAACGCCCUACUAUUCCAGAAGAUGAAAAACUUGAACUUAUGAGACUUUUCAACAAUUAUCGUACAACAAUGAAAUCUUUAAGAUACUUUUUCAUGGUGAAUCAUAGUGCAGAAUUUGCACAAGUUAGUGAAGAUCCAGAAGAAAGCAGAAGAGUAUUUUUAGAAGAUUAUGAAAAAAGUUCAGCAAUUAACGCAAAAUGGAAUGAAAAACAGAAGGAAUUACGAGAGAAGAUUAUUACUACACAACAUGAGAAAGAUAUAGAAUAUGCUCUUCAAAGAAUUGAAUUAGAAAAGCACAAAAAAGAACAGAAGAAAAUGGAAGUAGAAGAAAUUGUAAGGAGAGAAAAGGAAGCCUCAAAACAUUUUAUUACACCACAGAAUAUAGACGAAGCUAUUGAAAGAGCACUUGCUACACCAGUAGAUUAUAAUUUUGCUGUGAAUUUAGAGGGUGAAAAAAUUUUGGGAAGAGAUACUUUAGUCGAUAAAAAUAAAGAACAAGUUGGUGUAUCACAGUAAUUGUUUAAUAAAUUAUUCUCAAGUAUAAA